CCCAUCACAUUCAUUCAACAACAUUAUUACUACUAAUAACUCUUUUCUUACAACACAAACACCAACGUUUUCAUUUCAUUUCAGAAUUUCAGAAACACUCAAAUAAUAAACGCACCAACCACCACGCCACCUUUUAAGUGAGAGAAAGAAAGAGAAUUGGAAUUAGAGAGAGAAAGAGAGAGAGAGAGAGAAAAAAAGUGCUUUUAGUUUUGAGUGCAUACCCCUUGUCUCAAAUUCAGUGCUACUCAAUCUCAAUUUCAAUCCUGACUUCAUCUUCGCUUUCAAGUCAGAAACUUUUUUCGUGGGCUGCUGAGAUCUGGUUUCUGCCAUGGACGUUCUUCAGCUCCAGAGGAAGCUAAGAGAGCACCAAGCUGCCAUGCUUCGAGAGGGAUUUCUGGAUGAUCAGUUCAGUCAGCUUCAGAAACUUCAAGAUGAGAGCAGUCCUGAUUUUGUGAUUGAGGUUGUCAAAAUGUUCUUUGAUGAUUCUGAGAAACUUCUCAACAAUAUGACAAGAGCUUUAGGACAAGUACCUGUGGAUUUCAAGCAAGUAGAUGCUCAUGUUCAUCAGUACAAGGGAAGCAGUGCAAGUGUUGGGGCUGCCAGAGUUAAGAAUGUCUGUGCCACAUUCAGAAAUUUUUGUGAGACUCAGAAUCUUGAAGGGUGUGUGAGAUGUUUACAACAACUCCAACAAGAAUACUCCCUACUCAAGAACAAUCUUCAAUAUUUAUUUAGGCUUCAAGAAGAAAUCCAAGCUGCUGGUGGUUCAAUUCCAACAAUAGAAUAGAGGGAAGUGACAUGAUUACCAAUUGGUGAAAAAUCAGAACAACGUGAAGCUUUGGAUAUAACGGCUGAUUUUUGUUGUUCAUUUAUUUGGAAAGAAAAAAAAAUUCUGAUUUAAUCUUUCAUAAUUAUAUCUAGAGUUUAAUUAAACAGUGGGAUAAUGGUGAUGUGAAUAAACAUUUUGUGCCUAGUUUGCUACAUAUGUGAUUCUUUUUUUCCAAUAUAGCUUCAUGCGUUUGUUUAUUAA